AUGUUACAUAUAUUUUUCUUCGUUGUAUUUCUUGUAUCUUCAUCCAGUACACUACCUUUAAGUGAUUUCUUUCUAUUUGGAUCUGAAAAUGGUGAUUCAACGAUACCUCCAAGCAACACAAGUGUCGGUCCUUUACAUCUACCAUAUGUAUUUCCUUGUUUUGACAAUAAUUAUUAUGAAAUUUGGAUAAAUAGCAAUGGUUUAUUCUCUUUUCGUCGACCAAAUAAUUAUUUUUAUCCAAGACCACUUACUUCAUUGAAUGAUAGUUGUCUUGUGGCCGGAUUUUGGCAUGAAUAUAUUUGGAGUCAAGACAAUGAUACUGAUAAUGAAAUUUACUAUCAAAUUCAUAGUAAUACAUCGGUAUCAAAUUACACAGUGACAGUUUUUAAUAAAGCAAGUGAUUAUGUUCGAAAAUUCUUUCCUCAGCAACGCCCAUUCAAACCAAGAAUGGUAAUUACUGGCACUUGGUAUUCCAUUGGUAUCAGCACUAAUAAUACUAACACAUUGAAUAAUACCUUUCAAAUUGUAUUAUGUACAGAUGAAGAUCGUAGUUUUAUCUUUUUUCUUUAUCAUGAUAUUCAAUGGGCUAAUCCUUACAAUAGAUCGUAUUAUUAUACUGAAGCAGGGAUCCACAAUAGUGAUCGAAAUAAAUCUCAAGUGCUUCCGUAUUCAGGCACAGAAGAUACUGUAAAAUUAGUCGAUGAGAGUAAUGUUAAUGUACCUGGCUUAUUUACUUUUCGUGUUGAUGCAGACGAGAUCAAUGCAGGUGGUUGUAAUGAAAAUAUAACAAUGGUUUCCUUCCGUCCUCGCAUUAGUUCACAAUUUGGCUCUACAGCUCUCAAUAUUUAUGGUCCAUGUUUUACAAAUCAAACAAAAGUCAAAUGUCGAUUUGGUUCUUCACCGCAAAUUAUCGAUGGGUUUAUUAUUGAUGAAUUUCGAGUUAGUUGUCUUACACCAUUUGCUUCUGUGCAUGGACCGGUGCCAGUGAAUAUAUCCAUUGAUAAUGGACAAACAUUCAUUUCAGCUGGUACUUUUACAUAUGCUCCAUUACANCUACUUUAA